GUCGAAAAGGAACGAGCGUCCGACGUUUACGUUCCAUUCACAUGAAAGUUAUUUUUAUUCCCUCCGCGCAUUUACUGUGUUGUGAAUUUGUGUAAAUCAAAUGAUUGUUAAUAAUAUUACAGCGUUAAUAUUGCGAACGUGACAACUGUAUAACGGUUCUGGUUUUGCGUUGGAUAAUAUUCGACCGGUGCGCUAAUUGCUGUUUUAAGGGACAACCUGUUAAAGAUGGUAUAAAGAAGAAAAGAUGCGGUGGUUCAGGAAUCGUGAGCCGCCGCGGCUUCUUGCCGUUUCGCCCGAAGAGCCUCGCUCCACUAGAAGAUCUAGAAUUGAUAUGUCACCAGUGCGAUAUAAUAACCGAAAAAGUAGCACCAGUUCGGUAGAAACCAAUUUUUACAAUUUGAACGAUCAAAUUAUUAUAGUUGAAAAAUCGCCUCAUCCAUGCCAUCGCAGCUGUGAAACUCCAGUAACAAGAAGAAUAUCUCUCCAAAAUGGACCAGCAUCCCCCCAAGAAUUACCUUAUGAUAGCAGUCAAAAAAAUAGAGGCAGCUCUCUGGAAAAAGAAUACAUGACGUAUAGAGAAAAGAGGAAUCCAUUGCUAGAUAAAGUGAAAAAUACUAAACUUUCAUGUUUUAGAUCUAAUGGUCCUAUUCGACACGGAGAUGAUGCAGUAUCAACAUCUGGUAGUGACUGUAGUGGCUUUGGUCAUGUCGACGAGGUAACACAUUGUCGUUACGCUGAAAGUUAUUCUGAACAUACGGAGUUCGAAAACCAUAAUCCUUGGGUGAAAAUGUCACACUAUGAGGAUGAUGUAUUUUUUGCUAAAACUCCUAUUGAAUGUAAUUGGCGUGAAGGUAAAUCAUUUACGAAUAGGGGUACGAGAUGUUACAGCUCAGGGUCAGAAUGUGACAGAUAUCAUGCAAUUCCAAAAGUAGGAGCUAAACUUUCUAAGUCAAGUGAUCAAAUAUUUAAUGACGACUAUGAACCUUAUGAUUGUACUCCGACGAAACCAGGUAAAAAGACUGAUAAACAAAAAACUAAGGACGAUAAAGAUACAAUAGGGCCUAGUUCAUGUCUAUCAGCUAAACUUCGAGCAAUGUCUGAUAGAUAUCUUAAAUCAUCUACGAAUAGAUUUUUUUCAAAGCUAUAUAAACAAAACGACGAAGUAGGUAUAAACAGUCUAAACGACAGUGCUAUAAAGUCCACAAGUUCAGCUAGUAGGAGUCGCAAGAAAAGGGGUGGAGUUAAAGCAAAACUCAGAAGUUUUUCCUAUGGAGCAUUACCUGGUUUAGAUGAGUUUCAAAAGCAAAAUUCAGUUUUUCAUGAUGAUGUGUAUCAAGUCUCUUGCGACGAUGAAAAUGUUUUGAUUCAAGAUUGUGAAGAUGCUGAUUCAGGUAUACUAGUCAACGAAUCAGCAGCGUCAUCAAUAUUUGACAGCGAUAGAAUAUCUCGAUGUGAAAGCUCUGCUUCACAAACAAACUCUCAGAUACAGAGUCACAGUAGAAGUAUUUCGGGUGAUCAAACAUAUGUUAAGACUCGAAUCUCUUAUAGAAAUCGAAGAGACAAAAACGAUCAUCCUAAGCCUAGACCACGCCAAACUCAAAGAGCUUUGUCAUUAGAUCGUAAGGAAAUCCUAAGGCGUAUGCCUAAAAAUUCGGAAUAUGCUGAACCUCAAUACCUACAACUGACAGAAAAACAAAAAAUGCGCCAAAGAGAUGCUAGUCUGGAAGAUUAUGGAAUACCCCCAAUACCUCCAUGUCGUAAAGCUACUAAAAACAAGAGUAAUAAGCUGCAGUCAGAAUUUAAAGUAGUAAGGAUAAUUAAAAAUAACCCGGGUGACGAGUUGGGCAUAUUUAUUGCUAAAACUAAACUUUUGGACGAAGGCCAUGUGGGAUAUCUAGUUGCACAUGUUGUUGCUGAAGGAUUAGCUGAUAAGGAAGGUACUCUUCAAAUAGGCGACGAGCUUCUUAACGUAAAUGGACGUAGACUACGAGAUCUGACUAUGUCGGAAGCCAAAGAAGCGUUAAGGUCUGGUUCAGCGGAGAUUGAUAUAGUUAUAUGCAGACAGCGACAAAAGUCAGAACCUGAAUCAAUACAACGGGAACCUACACAGAGAAAUAUAGCUUUAAUGCGUGAAAGUUCCGUGGAUUACGAAAACGCUAUAAUUUUGGGAAAAGAGAGAUGCAAUAAUAAAUAUGACAUCAAAGUCGACCUACGUCAAAAGGAACCCGCAUGUAAUCGGCUCUUAUCAGGAACGGAUGAGGCGGAUGGAACGGAGGACACACAGUCGCGCUUCCUAAAAGGGCAGAGUGCGGGUUAUAGCAGUAUGAACAACAAGUUAUUGCGACGGCAAGUUGUCAGUUAUGGUGGUGCUAAUAAAGAUGCGCUUGUUCUUAGUUGUGCAGGUGAUAUAGUGGAUGUGGAUGUGCCAGAUGGGAGCACUGAGAGGACAGAUAAACAUGAAGAUAAUAUGCAGACUCAGAAUACCGCAAAUUUCUGCACACUCCCAAGAAAACCAAGGGCGCCAACACACACUUACCAUACGAUCGUGUUUGAGAAGGGUCAUGGAAAGAAGCCCUUAGGAUUUACGAUAGUUGGUGGACGGGAUUCUCCUCGGGGUCCCUUGGGAAUUUUCAUAAAAAGUAUUCUACCACAGGGACAGGCGAUAGACGACGGAAGAUUGAACGCUGGUGACGAAGUUUUAGCAGUGAACGGUCAGGCGUGUCAUGAAUUAGCCCACGUGGAAGCUCUGGCCCUCUUCAAAGCUGUUCGAAGUGGGACCAUCGAGCUAAGAGUUUGCCGCAGAAUUAAAAACCAAUCUACCAAAGCAAAAUCGUGCACAGAUCUUCUGAAUGACGACGAUUGAAAAAUUUAAUAAUUCUUGUGUUAUGAUGUCAUUCAUCAGAUGGGUUGAACUUUACAAUGUAAUAAUUAAAACAUGAAAAUGAAAUUGUACAAAAAAUGGUGCCAUUCAAAUUUACCAUUUCUUGAGUAAUUAAAAUUUUUCACCAACGGAUUCUGCAAAAAUAGUGAUUUUUGAUAUAUGCUAAAGAAAUGAGCCGUGACAACAUUUUUAAUAUCAUAAAAGCACAAAUAUUCUUGCUAAUAUUUGGUACUCCACGCAGGAAAUUAUUUUCAUUUAAUGUGCCAUUUAUUAUUAAUUUCUUAUUUUAAAAUGGAAACAAUUUCUUGCUCACGUGAAAAAUUAAUAAAUUGUACCUGACUCCCUUUUUCUACUGAUUUUGUAACAAGACUCAACCUAUGUACUCUUAAAAUUUAAUGGUUCUCCCAAAGACAAACUACAAAUUUUAUUUUUAGAGAGAGUAUUUUAGAACUAAUGCAAUGAUUUCAUUGACAAAUUUUACCACUUCUAUAAUAAGUUUAGGUACUUCGAUUGCACUCUUUAACAAUCAUAGGGACAUAGCGAUGACUUUUGUUUUGGUAGUCUUUUUACAUAAUAUUAAAACUCUUUCAUAAAAUUACUUUUAUCGGAGUAUGCAAAAUUAGAGUUCUUUUAAGAUUUUUAGUGCAAUUCUUUAAAGACCACUACAUUAGUCGUGUUUAUAUAAGUAUACAAUUUUAAGAAAAAGUACUUAUUCAAUGAUAAUUUUUUUGUAUGUUGAAUUUAAAAAAAAAACAUUCAUGUAAAUCAAUCUUCCAAAAAUUAUGCAUGUAAAAGCAAAUCCUCAACAUUAUAGCCUAGAGGAUGUUCUAUAUAAGAUUAGAAUAUUUAGAAGAUGGCUUCUGUAAUAACACUAUAUUUAAAUAAAUUCUUAUUAUAUAGCAGUCGAAUGUUAUCCAAGUCAAAGAUCUGAAUACGUACUGUGAUAGGUUUUAGAACACAAAUGGUUAGUUACUUAACGAGCCGUUGUUAGGUACUGAGAAACAUAGUAAAACAUUUUUUGUCCCUUCAGAAUACGACCAUAAAAUCGUUUAAUUUUAUGUAAUGUCAAGCUAUUAGCAUCCAUAGACAAGAAAAACAAAACACUUGAAAUUUUAGAUAUAAAUUUUAAAUGCCAUCAAAUUAUAUUUGCCUUUUGCUAUUGCACUUUAGAAUUUUCUGAAAUUAUUUAAGGAUUUUAUAGAAUGUUGUGAAAUAUUAGUUGUCGAAUGUUUGAUGUAGAUACAUAGCUUAUUUUAUUGUACAUAUCAAUAAUGAAUUUGUUACAAGUAUAAAUUUA